UACUUCCCCAUGAAGGCGAUGAUUUACUAAUAGAGGGGUUGGCUUCUCCACCAGCUGCAACGCCGCUCUCGAGCCUGCCCCAUCUCUCUUGAUGACCUAAUUGGCGAGCAGGUCAACUAUGGAACAGGUUCUACCCAUGAGCUCUGCUUUCUUUGAAAUUUAACAUUUAAAACGAGGUAAAUGUGAGGUGGCAGCGCCGUUUCUCUUCCCCUCACCACCACGCACUGCACUUCUUUUCACCGAGUCACCUUCGCGUCUUCAGUUCACCUGGCACUUUUGACACGACCUCAGUGUCCCGCACGAGUUCUGCUGAGUCCCGCACGGAUCGCCAUCAGGAUCCAGUCGCACUUUAGGACGCUGAAAAAAAACGAAACUUCUGCCGGUCCUUUUGGGUGUCUCAAGUUUACGUUCAAGAUGAGUAUCAAGUCUGACUCCGAGCCGAACAACAAUGUCCCAAUUGAAGAGGAGGUGCGAACACUAUUUGUCAGUGGUCUGCCAACAGAUAUCAAACCUCGUGAACUUUAUCUGCUGUUUCGACCAUUUAAGGGUUAUGAGGGUUCACUUAUCAAGUUAACAUCAAAGCAGCCUGUUGGUUUUGUUACCUUUGAUAGUCGUUCCGGUGCAGAAGCGGCAAAGAAUGCAUUAAAUGGGGUUCGAUUUGACCCUGAAAACCCGCAGACCCUCCGGUUAGAGUUUGCUAAGGCCAACACGAAGAUGGCAAAGAGUAAGCUGAUGGGCACUCCGAAUCCCACAAAUAUCCACCCAGCUCUAGGAGCGCACUUCAUAGCACGGGACCCAUAUGAUUUGACAGGGGCAGCACUGAUCCCAGCACCUCCAGAGGCCUGGUCUCCUUACCCUCUCUAUACCCCAGAGCUCAGCCCCGGCCUGCCCCACACGGCUUUCACCUACCCAGCAGCGGCCGCUGCAGCAGCAGCUGCACUUCAUGCUCAGAUGCGCUGGUAUCCCUCCACAUCAGACUCAUCCCAGCCUGGAUGGAAAUCACGGCAAUUCUGUUAAAAUCUAGUUUCUCU